AUAUGUAAGUGGACAACUUUAUUUCGACAGUUGGCUAAUAACAGUGAGAUGGAAGCGAUAAUGGUUAUUAAUCAAUUGGAGUCUAUAAUUGGACCGAAAACAUACGGGACUAUAUCUUUGCUGUAUAAUUCGUUUAAGGACUUAGGAAAAAGUGAUAAGAUAGAUGAUGCUCUAUUGAAAUUAACAUUUACUAUGUUGAACAACUCCAAAUUAACUUCCUGUGAAUUAGAACAAUUGGUACCAGUUCUACUAACCAUUUACAAGAGGUCUAUUGAAAAACACGAUUCUGUCAAGUUUGUAACAGUAUUGGAAUGUUUCACUUUGAUACUUCCCAAUUCUAAAAAAUAUGACCUUUUGGUACCCUUUGAGAAGCUUCUGGAAUCCAUUCCAGAAUCGCUGAAGCAAUCGAUACCCCAAUCACUAAUUCGCACACUUUCGGACUUAGUAGGCGGCGACGAUAAAAAGUUUUCAUUUAAAGCAGAUCGCAUAUUGAAAAAGAUCCACAGUUUGGAAAAGAAAUUUCUGAAACCGAAUAUUUUAUCGCGCAGUACGAAGAUGGUGGCGAUGUCAAAAAGAGAAACGCCAACCUCUGAGGAUGCAACGAUUUUGCGUUUGUUUGGUCAGCCUGUGGUAUCUCCCAGUGGGACUAUUAGAGGCAGUCAACUCAAUAACAAUCCUAUUAAAUCAAAAAGAAUUAAAAAGCCCGAAAUACCCAAACCGUCUAGUAUCUUUGACGACGACGCUACUUAUGUACCCAUUGAUUCCGAUUACAAAUUUGAUCGUAGCAAGUUAAACGACCAUCAGCUGGAGAUGUUGAAGAAGGAUAGGUCUGAUAUACCGGCGUUGUACCAGGAUUUAUCGCAGAGCCAAUCAAACUCGGUUUGUGCUUUGGUCGAUGUUCAGAAGCCGAAUCCAGUUUUAGAUGGCCAGUCUUCGGAUUUGUUUCAGUCCGAAAAUCAGAAUGUUGGCCAAAGUGGUACCAAAGACGAUGAGAAAGAGGGAGAUCCACCGCCAAAUCAUGUAGAAAAUGAAACCCAGGUACAAAUGGAGCCUGUGGUGGCGAGUGAAAAUGAUACAGGCACUACUGUACAGAUCAGCCUUAAAAAGUUGGGCCCUGUUGAAAGAUUGCUUAAAACUCUGAAGGUGGAUGUGGUCGGUGGCGAAUUAUUCACCAAAGUAGAUGUCACAAGUAAACGGUCCACUCGACGUCAUUCGGAAAAUCCUCACUCAGACAGUGGAUCUAAAACGCCAAAGAAAGCCAAACCAAAAAAGGUUCAACUUGAAACAACUGAGCAGUGCAGUACUCCGACUUCAGCUCCUAAACAGUAUGUUAAUGCACGAAAAUUAUUGGAGAGCAUCACAGAACCAACGUCUAAAACUGUGGAUACUGCUCAAAAUAGUGAGGACGUGAUUGAGUCUUCCCAGGAGUUAUCAGUUGAACCAUUACAGCAUCAAGAUGACGAAACUAAAGCCAUUGAAGAAUUGCAUAAACUUCCCGAUGAAAAAAUAUCUGCUGUAAUUGAUUUGACAGUAAACAACGAUGAUUUCGAUUUGGAAGAAAUGGAAAUCGAAGCGGGUGUAGAAACGCCGAGCAAAUUGGUAAACAUAGAAUCAUCUCCGGUGCAUCUUGAAACACCAACGAGAAAUGCCGAGUUAAUCGAAGUGACUGAAGAUUUAUCACCGAUCGCAGUCGAAAAAGCACCGGGGGAAAUCCUCGAAUCAGAAAUAAAAUCCGAACCUACCGCCGAAAACGGAAUUGUCCGACAAGAGGUGGAAAUCCCACCGAAACCCGAAGAUCCGAAGAUUGCGUUUGUUGAAAAAUCCAGUAGCAGCACGCGCGCGGAACGAUUGCUCCAGUUAGCCUCCGGAAAUUCGUCUCCCGCCACUAGUAAACUAGCAAAGUCGCCCGCCAAACACGCGAGGAGGCGGGCUUUCGUGUCGGCGGAAACUCGAAGGAUGAUGAAAACAAUGCAAAAGUGUCAGAAGGAGUUGCAGUUUCAUCGACAAAUCGAUGGCGUACCUAUCCCGAAUGUGGAAUACGAAAAGGAAGUGAUGGACAACCUUUUGCAUUUUGCCAGAGAAAUUCCACCUCCCGGCGCGUCUCCCAGUUGUACCAUUUUGAAGAGGAAAGCUUCUGUCAUUGAUGAGGAAGGAUCAUCCCCUCCACGAAAGAAACGUGUGAAUUACUCAGACCCUGAGGUGACAAGUAAGAAAUUUUACAUCCCCGACAUAAAUGAGCAUGGCCGAGAGAUUAUUAUAAUUAAUAAGGUUAAAACGGCAAACAGUUGCGUGGACAGUGUCGAAAUUGGGGAAAAUGAAUCCACACACACGGAUAUUGACACAAUGGUUAAUGAAAUUAUUGUGAGCCACGACAAUAACGUAUGUGAACUUGUUGAUGUCGAUGUCCAAACGGAAAAUUUACCAGAUACCGAAACACAAGGAUCAAUCCAGAUUGCAGAUGUCGCCUUGUUAGACAGAGAUAACGCCGUAUUUCCUCAGCUUGUUGAAUGUGGGGCAAGCGUUGAGGAGGUUUCAGCUUCUUUGAGUGAUCCCCUAUUUGUCACAGCACUUCUAGAAGAACUGCGUAGAAAAAAUGUCUUUACCAUAGGAGAUUUAGCCAAACUGACUGAAUUAGAAGUAAAUCGUUUACCAAUUAAGCCUCCGAAAAUUACCAAUUUACGAACUACUCUAUCCAACUAUCAAAUGACAGUUUCCGAAAAAGCAACUAAAAAAGUUUGUACAGAAUGGCACGAAAAUAAUAACAAAAUCUUUACACCGCCAAAACAAAAAAGACGAGUACCACUUAUACCAGUUAUCGAAAGAAAUGGGCCAAGUCAACAAUUUCAGGCACCACUUUCGGAUCACAAUGCGUUAUUUAAACCUCCCCCUAGUCCCAAACAGGAAAGCAUUACAGUAAUUCCUCAUAAAUCGGAUGAUACUAUUGUAAAACCUUCUCAAGACAUUGUUACGAGUCAGCAUCCCGGAGAAGUCGUUAUGAAAGCUAUUAAUCUCAUAAAGCAGGGAGCAGUGAAAGAGGUUGAUAGAGAUUUAUGUCGAGCUGUAAUGGGCCUGGUUGAACCAUGCAGAUUAAUUGAAAUUUUACAAGAGAAUGACACAUUUAAGUUGACAGCUUUUAUAAAAGAAGCAGAUUGGUCGGAAGUGCUAGACAAGAUUGUGAAAGAGGGGGGUUUGCAGAAAUUUUUCUCAGUGUUAAAUAAGGUUCCCAACAUAUCACCAAAGACAGUAUUAAGCACGUGCAUUGAACACUCCCUGCAAAUGUAUGAUUUGACAAUUCCACAUUUAGGUUUAGAAAGUAUAAUUAAUGAUAUGCACAAAAUGUGUAUUAGAUCAAACGUUCCUGUAGAGAGUUUUUUUAAGUAUGUAUUUUGUAAGUUUACGCCCUCCAUCGACGAUUUAAUACCGAGUUUUCCGCAUAUAAACGUGGUGCAGUUUGGUAACAGUACGAUAACGCGAAAAAAAAUGAAAGAAAAAGAAUUAACGACGUUUAUAGAGAGAAUCUUGAUCAGCGUCGAAAGUAAAGAAAUUUGCACGGAUAUUUCCAGAAAUGUGAUAUUGCCAUUGCUUAACGAAAACGAUCUGACAGAUUGCGUUAUUGCUACUGCCUCGUCGGACAGUAUAUUGAAAAUUUGCGGAAACUUGGUGAAGCAUUUACCAAAAGCGAAACCGAUGGAGGACGAAUACGAAACGCUAGCUUUGUGUAUUUUUGAUAAGAUUCCAACGGCGGAUCUAUUGCGUUAUGUUGCAAAACAUUUAAAUAAGGCUGCAGAUACUAUGGACAGUGCUAGAUAAUUGUCUAUUUCAGUAUGUAUGUGAAAUAAAUCUUA